UUUGUUUAUUGUGCUCUCUGGCAGUGCCAGUCCCAGUCCCAUUUCUGCUUUCGCAAAAUGAAGACCAUGGAGGAAAUUUUAGUUGUAGUCGCCGAGUGUAGCAAUGAUUUGCAAGGAACAUUGCAUAGUGAUGAUAUUAGUCGGGUGUGCAGCGAUCCAAAUAGUGAAAACAAGGUGUAUAAUUGUAACCCAAGUGUUAGCACAUCGUACAAUGAAGGUGUCGACAAUAGAAAUCAUUUUAUAGUGCCAGCAAAUUCUACUUUUCUUUCUAAUCAGUUCGACGGAAUGUGUGACAUGUUCAUCCAAACUCAACAGACGAGCAGCGUCAACAGCAGCAGCGGUAACAACAUCGCUCUUCACCACAGCAAGAAGCGUAAGUUGGAUUACAACGUGAGCCAGCCGGUCAUCCAACACGCCUUGGUCCAAUCGACCAGCGACUACCAAUUGGACAAUAAUCCUGGUUUGCAACGGUACUCCGUCAGCGGUACCAACGCCGCUUUCAACUCGCUGCACAAUAAUGCGCUGCAGAAGAGUAGUCCCAUCCAACAAUCCUUGGUGCGCACCUCUACGAUCAAACUCCUAGAUUCGUACCAACAACGUUGUGGCCAAAAGAGAAAAUCUUGGUCGAGGGAGGGUAAUGGUGAAGACUUGGCGGUUCACACCGCCAACGCGAACAACACAGGAAACACUGUAGUCUCUCAACACCUUGCCCAACAACAACCGCAACAGCAACAGCUGCAGCAGCAACAACCGCAGCAGCAACAACAGCAGCACAAGCAACCGAGCACAAUGACGUCACAUAAUAAACAAGUAACAAAUACGGGGAAUGGCGGAGGAGGAAGCAAUCCCCAGGGAGAUGGGGAUUAUCAACUGGUGCAGCACGAGGUUCUCUAUUCCAUGACCAACCAGUACGAAGUCCUCGAAUUCCUUGGUAGAGGCACGUUUGGCCAAGUCGUGAAGUGUUGGAAAAAAGGAACAAAUGAGAUCGUAGCAAUCAAAAUUCUAAAAAAUCAUCCUUCCUAUGCGCGCCAAGGUCAAAUUGAGGUCUCCAUCCUGUCGCGACUCAGUCAGGAAAAUGCGGAUGAGUUCAACUUUGUGCGCGCGUACGAAUGUUUUCAGCACAAGUCGCACACUUGUUUGGUAUUCGAGAUGUUGGAGCAAAAUCUUUAUGAUUUUCUCAAGCAGAACAAAUUUUCCCCUCUACCACUUAAGUACAUCAGGCCGAUUCUCCAACAAGUUCUCACAGCAUUGCUCAAGCUCAAGCAAUUGGGCUUGAUUCACGCCGAUCUGAAGCCGGAAAAUAUCAUGUUGGUGGACCCCGUGAGGCAGCCCUAUCGCGUGAAAGUAAUUGACUUUGGCUCUGCCUCGCAUGUUUCGAAGGCCAUUUGCAAUACUUACCUGCAGUCGCGAUAUUACCGCGCGCCCGAAAUCAUUCUUGGACUUCCAUUUUGCGAAGCGAUAGACAUGUGGUCACUCGGUUGUGUCGUUGCCGAAUUGUUUUUGGGCUGGCCUCUCUAUCCGGGCAGUUCCGAGUAUGAUCAGAUUCGGUACAUCAGUCAAACGCAGGGCCUACCAACGGAACACAUGCUGACCAACGCCAGCAAAACUACCAAAUUCUUCUACCGGGACCAGGAAAGCACCUAUCCGUUCUGGAGAUUAAAAACGCCAGAAGAGCACGAGGCCGAGACGGGAAUAAAAUCGAAGGAGGCGAGAAAAUACAUCUUCAAUUGUCUGGACGAUAUUGGUCAGGUGAAUGUGCCGACCGAUUUGGAAGGUGGUGAACUUUUGGCAGAAAAGGCUGAUCGGAGAGAGUUUAUUGACCUCCUGAAGAGGAUGCUCACCAUGGACCAGGAGCGCCGAAUAACACCCGGGGAGGCAUUGAACCACGCGUUUGUGACGCUAGCCCACUUGAUGGAUUACGCCCACUGCAACAAUGUGAAGGCUUCCGUCCAAAUGAUGGAAGUUUGUCGACGCGCUGGCGACUUUGCUGCUGCUCCAGCGCAUCAUCAGGCUCCACCAGCUCCACAGCCUCCACCUCCGACUUCUCUGGUUGCGAAUUUUGUACCGACAACCAAUGGCAGUGCCGUCACUCUCACCUUCAACAACCAGUUGACCAAUCAGGUCCAGAGACUUGUUCGGGAGCACCGUACUGCGCAGACUGGAUACGACAAUCUGUAUCAGAUAUAUAGUAACAGUAGUCGUAGAGCCACGCAGUACAGUGGUUCCUCCUCUGGAUCAAAUGGGGGAAGGACAGGAGUUCACGAUUUCCCUCAUCAGUUGGUUUCGGGAAUUCUUUGUCCACCUCCUGGUUACCAAACGAUGCCGAGUCCUGCAAAGCACGUUGUUGUCGCUCAGCCACCACAGUCACAACAGGCGCCUUUGCAAAUCCAACCCUCUAUUAUUUCCCAACAAGCGGUUGCCGCCGCGGCAGCUGCUGCUCAACAACAAUACGCAGCGGUACCGGUUUCUAUGGUAGAAUCUGGUCGACAAAUGUUACUAACUAAUGCUGUGCAAACCUCUUGGCCUGGCGGGAGCCGGCAAAUGGCAGCAAUUGUGCCUUCGUGGCAACAGUUACCACCUCAACACGCGACAAUUCAACAGCCACUUCUCAGUGAUGCUGGCGACUGGGGCAGGCCUCUUAUCGUCGACAGUUCUGCCAUUCUACAGGAUCAGCGGCCAGUGUUCCCCGUUACGGAAGUCUACAACGCUAGUACGUUAGUUGAGCAUCCGUCACAAAAUUGGGGUAAGCGUAGUGUGACGAAGCAUCAUCAGCAUCAUCUGGCUGUGCCGCAACAGUCGCAGCACAGACAUGAGCAUAAAAAGGAGACGCAACAAUUGAGUCCUGUGAAGAAGAGAGUGAAGGAGAGCACUCCUCCGAGCAGCAGCAGCAGUAGUAGUAACAUGAGGCGCCACUCGCCAACGAAUAAUGGUCAUUGGCAGCAGCAGCAUCUGCAGCAGCAACAACAGCAGCAACAGCAGCAGCAACAACAGCAGCUGCAGCAACAGCAGCCACUCUCGCAAUCGCACCAUCAUUCCGUUGGAAAACACACGAGCAAUCACACUAGUAGUCAUGCGAGCAAUCACACGACGACCAAUCACACGAUCGGUGCUCACACUACGGAACAUCCUCAAGUGUCCUAUGCCAGGCAACAAACGAUCACGAUUCAUGACACUCCUUCGCCUGCUGUCUCUGUCAUCACGAUCAGCGACAGCGAAGACGAAUCUCCUGGUAAAUGCUGCGGAGAUCGGCAGUGCGGAGCUUGUCAAGGUUUGGCACCUCGCCUCUCUGGCGAUGGACGACCUGUCCGUGAGGAAGUCAUUCGAAGUACACAGUCGACACCAAGAAUUGUACAACAGAGCAGCACUCAGCCGAUUCAUUCGACGAGUCAUUUGCAUAUCAGCGGCCACAGCAAUUCGCACUCUUCGUCGUCGCAACGAGCGCAGCGUAAAAAUGUCAUCAGUUGUGUCACAGUGAGAGACAGUGAUGGAGAAAAUAGUCCAGGUCGAGCCAAUGCUCACUUGUAUCAGCACUUGCCUCAGCAUCAUCAUCAGCAGUCAACACAGCACAUCAAACAUGAGCCUCAACCACAACACCACAUUAGUUCUGGCUAUUCAUCCUCGCAAUCGCAGAAGAAGCGUCUGUUGGCGAAAGUGCAGUCUGAGUGCAAUAUGCUAAAUGUAGCAACAAAGCCAGAACCUGGUGUUGAGUACAUUGCUCCUCAUCCUUGUCACGCGCCUGCUUGCAAAGAACCACCGACCUAUCAGGAUGACGCCUAUGAUAUGCAUGACUACUUCUUGCAGUAUGUGACGACGAGUAGCGCUCAUCCUCAUCUGCAGGAACAGCAUAUUGUUUAUACGACCGGGGCCGACAAGCGAGUCUCGUGGCCUACUAAGCGAGCCGAAUAUAAACACGAAUACGUGCAGCCACCGGUCGCCCAUUCACGGGAACACCAGAAAUGGGCAGUGGCCAAUUCAGUGCAUCAGUACAGGCAGAGCCAGGUGGUGGGUUCAACGGGCCAUCCGAGCCACAGUCACAGUCAUAGCCACAGUCACAGUCAUCACGGGCAUCCGGCCCAUCUGAGUCCCGGGGGUGGAGGUGGAGGCCGAAGUCCCACAGGCGGGCCAGUGGUUGGGAGCACCCAACAUCUGGGUCAACCCUUGUACCAAGAGUACACGACUCAUGUCCGCCCCAGGGCCCAUCCUGUGCCUCCCCCCGUAUACGUAACUGCUGCCCCUUCACAGGCUCCAUCUGCUAUCCAGCAGCAACAAGUGCCCACCUACCAGGGAUUUACACCCGGGUGGGUACCUAGACACCUAGUUGAUGCAUGCAUCUCGUCUCCCUUAACGUUGUAUGAUUCUAGUCGUGCAUUACCACCUCCCGCACACCAUAGCUCGGCCAGACCCUUACUGGCCAGCCACGCGGCACAUCCGCUGCCCGCGCACAUGCAACCAACCGCAGUCUACGGUUUGGCCCCUCUCUCGCCCGCCAAACAGCACUACCAACCCUCCGGUCUCUGGUUCACCGAGUAGACCCGAAUAAACCCGAACUACUCCGAAACCUGCGGAAAAAGCGAUUUUAUCAAUUACUAGUGUUCGAUCGAUUCGAGCCCAGACCCGAGCUCAUUAUGACAGAAUUUGCAAUUGCGCGAAUCAAAGAAACACUCUCGAGUCUCCCCUUUACAUUAUCUAUUUAUCCAUCUAUCAUCUUUGAAAGUAGCUUUUCACGACCAGGGAGGAUUUAUCCAAAACAUUAACUCGAAAAGAUUAAUCCGUCCUAUGCAACGACGAUCCCACUUGGAGACUUUUAUGAAAAUUUCAACAUUUCAAUCACGGAUCUUAAUUCUAGAGUUGCUUCUUUGCUUCCCGCGGUUGUAGAUAAACAAAAAAUACAAAAACGAGGGAGACAUUGAUCGCCUAGUCAAGCCAGAUUCUACAACAAACAUGACGUUCUUGAGCCAAACAAAAAAAACGAGAGAGAGAGAGAGAGAGAGAGAGUUUUAAUUUACGAGAAUCGAACUUGACAAGGAUUGAUUGAAUAUUCAUCGCGACAAUGAUGACACGACAAAAGAAGUUUAAUUUCUGAUAAAGACGUUGGGUGCGUGUAUCACACACAUAUAUGUUGUUUUUAAUAUUCGUUAACGGAAUCUUGACCACUUAAGUUUGGCAGGAUUGUUUGGCCGUUUAAGAAUUUUUGCGGAUUUACGUUCUAGGCAGUCUGAAUUUAAGUUUCAGCAGUCUGGAUUUAAGUUGAGCAGUCAGGUAUAUUAGUGCUUUAGUUUGUAAGUCUUUUAUAACACGUUUUUCCGUUUAUUUCACGUGGGAAACUAACGUAUAUAUUUUUUUUUUAGUGAAGGCGCGCGCGUUUAGCAAAGUAUUAGCGAUUUUAACGAUUCCUUCGUUCCUUGGCAGACCAGGAAAAAGAAAAAUAUUCUAUUGUACAAACAAAAAAACAACCCUUAAGACUUAAGACGACCCUAGUUUUGAGAGUCAUACUUGGUAAACUAUUUGGUGUGACACAUUUAUUUAUUACUACUCUCAUCCGCACUCAUUCAAAGUUUGGCCGAGUGAUCAGAGUUUUCUUUGAAAUUUUCCCUCGCGAAUUAUUUCAACUCUCUAGAAUCUAGAUUUGAGAAUCUAGAAUCUGAUCAUCUUGACCCUCAUCAUUAUAUAUUAGGUUUGUUACUACUCUCGUUAUGAUAUUUCUUGUAAAUAUAGAAAGAAAGAAAGAAAGAACGAAAAAAAGUGAUGCACUUUUUAUGCCUUUAUCUCGUGCGACUAACUCUAGUAAGAACCAAUUGACUCGACCAAUCAAUCCCACAGAAGUUUGCUCUGUACAGUCUAGAUUCUCAUAAUUUUCGCGAGGCGUCGAUGAUCCGGCGUCUUCGAAGAAUUAUUUACAAAUAAUAAAUAAUUAAAAUUAGUUGCUUGAAGCUUUCGACAUCACACGGCGCGAUUAGUUUACGAUUUUCAAUUUACUUUCCACGGAAGUAAAACCUUCACUAGGUUAGAUUUAAUCGCUGAAUAAUUGAUUAAAUAUUUAAAUAAUUUUCCCAUGUUGCAACGAAGAUUCGUAUCUGUACAUAGAUCUAUUUUUUCUUUUUUUUUUUGGGUGAUUUUUAAAGAUUCUUUUUCUUCGAAUCACGUUCUUCCUCACCGAUUCCGAGCACUUAGGAUAUUCAUUUGUACAUAGUUUGUUUUUUUUCGUCUUCGAGAAUCGAUUUUCAUUCUCGUUUUCUUAUCUUCUUCUUCUUCUUCUUCUUCUUGAUCUUUUUGUCGAUGGUUUGCAAGCGCAUCGAUUGAAAACUUUUAAACGGAAUGACGCUUAGACAUUGUUUUUCUGAAUAUUUGAAAUAUAUGGAUGAUAUAUAUUAAACAAUAACGUGAAAUUGAAUUCAGAAUUAUGGAGAGAGUGCGUUUUGUGUAUAAAAUUAUUGUAAGACAUUACAAAGUUUUAGAUACGUUAACGUGGUAAAUUUGUCCUCUGGGGAAUGAUACAAUUUUACUUGAUACAAUAAA